AGUGGCAUGCCCUUAAAUGCAUCUGCCAACUGCCCCGCCCACUCCCUUGGUGAUUGACAGUUGUCAAUCGGCACAUGGCCCCUCCCGUCCCCUGUUGUCCAUCACAUUAAAAAAAAAAACAACAACAAAACACAGCCCCUCGCCGCCUCCUUCCAUUUGAGGUCUCCUCACACACCGCUAUGGAUUGCGGUGCUUACGAGAUGGACCCCCUGGAGGUCCCCCCUCUCACUCCGACCAGCAAGGAGGUUCUGUGCCAGGCUCUGAGAGCCAGUUUUGCCGGUUUCACCCAGGAGAGGCUCACCCACCGUUUCCCCCAAGAUCCGACCCGAUGGUCCGAAUGGCAGGUGAACCACUGGCUGGGCUGGUGCCGGGCCGAGUUCGGGCUGCGCUCGUCGGGUUCGGACCUGAAGGGCCUGCGGGGUCGCGAGCUGUGCCGCCUGGACCGCGAGGCUUUCCUGGGCCUCGUGUCCGACUGCACCGCCGGGGAGAUCUUGUGGGAGCACCUGGAGAUCAUGAGACGGGGUUCAAAUUUCACUCGUGCCACGCGUGCGCCCACUCGCCGGCAGCUGAAUGUCUUCUCGUCUCCAGAUCACGCCGCGAUGACCGUGUGCGCCGGGUCCGCUCCCUGCCAGCCUCCAAACAAUGAAGAGACAGAGUCAGAAGCCGAGGGGUCUAGCGGCAACGCCCCGACGUGGACGGCCGGCGCCCGCGAUACGGAGGCAAUGGCGGACGAGAGCCGGGGCGGUGACGCGUUCGCUUUCACGCAGCCCUACCAAAGCUUCAAGGAGUAUGCCGGCAACAAGGCGGACGUCGGCUCGGCCGUCGUCCCGGCGGCCGUCCUCGCCAGCUACACCGGAAGCGGUCCCAUUCAGCUGUGGCAGUUUUUAUUGGAGCUGCUGACCGACCGCCGCUGCCGGUCGUGCAUCAGCUGGACCGGAGACGGAUGGGAGUUCAAAUUGACCGACCCGGAUGAGGUGGCGCUGCUGUGGGGUCGCCGCAAACACAAGCCCAAGAUGAACUACGAGAAGCUGAGCCGCGGGCUGCGCUACUACUACGACAAGAACAUCAUCCGCAAGACGGUGGGCAAGCGCUACGUCUACCGCUUUGUCUGCAACCUGCAAGGCCUGCUGGGAUACGAGCCCGGCGAGCUGCGCGACCUGUCGGAUCUCGACGGAGCAAACUAAGGAGGGAGUCUAAGCCAACGGCACGUGUGUGCUCGGCCGCGUUUCACUGGGCGCAGCGUGACGGCCGCUGUCGAUAGGGAGGGAGGUGGGGGGGCGGUGGUUACCGUGGUGAAACCAUCCAAUUAAAUCCAUCCGACGUCCACCGAAGCUGAGAGAGUGUUGUGAAGAGGAGCUCAGCUGUGAGCCGGACUUUGAACAUGCACUCACGCGGGGGGUGUUCAUUCGCGCGCUUUCUUCCAUCGAGUCUCCCAAGUGGGCAAAAUGGUCAGCUGGAGCGUUUGUUUUUAUGUUUCUGGACUGCGCUCAAUUUUCAUCCGGAGGUUGAGCUACAUUGUGUUUGUCUACAGAAGAGUCAUGCGUCCGCUUGAAGUGAGACUCUAUGCAUGCUGCAUGAAAUCAGAAGCCGAUUCCAUUUUACAAAUCAGUGAACAAGGUGUCGCUCAGCGAGCCAGUGUGUGCGGAUUACUUCCGCCACUUUCCCAAAUGGAAGGGGGGGGGGGGGGGACGGCGGGGGAUCUUUGUCCUCAUGACCAAGUGUUAAGUGCGCAUUGAGCAUAACAAUUCCCAAUAUUUGGCAUCACCGUCAACACAAAGUGGGUGACCAAUUUGGUCCAUGAACGCCCCCCGGGGUGAAAAUAAAAAUGCGUCAAUAGAAGGUAACAGCGUCUCACUGUUCAGUGAACGGUGCCUUCACGGUUCAGGUGUCCUCCAAAAAGCCAGUAAAGUGCUCACCCACCCGUUUGAGAAUACAUACAUGUUUAUUAAUGCGGCGUAGUCAUCCAAAAUGUAAGCAAAAGGGAUAUUUUUUCCAGGGAGAAACACGCGCGCGCACACACGUACGUUAAAAAUGGAAAUGCUCACUCGUCUUUGAUAUUCAAAAACAAAAGGUGAUUUGGUCAUUAUAUGGUACUGUAUAGUGUAGCGGACUCUUGAGAAUUCUUAGCCAAUGGUUUUGUAUAUUUUUACGAUAUUGCAUUUACGAUCAUUUUUUUUAAUGAUGCCUAAAAGCUCCCCCCCCCCCCCACCAUAAGGACUCAAGUGGUGCCAGUGUGCCAUAUUCUUGGAUAUGUAACCUGCAUAACAGACAGCUGUGAUGUCAUCAAUAUCCCCUCAGAUGGAGGGUUACAGUAUACAAACGCAUUGUGUGCAAUUUCAAAUCACAGUCGGCGGCUGCACGCACUGUCAAAAAAAAAAAAAAAGACAAAAACGUUGCUUUAAAAAGUGGAACACGGGAAAGCAACAACGGCUGUCCCUUUUAUUGCCGGCAACAUUUUCAAAUGCAUUCUCACGGAACUGUAACAGCAUUGCGUGUUCCUCGUGUGAUGACCACACAAUGCAAAAGGUGCAGUGUUAUUUGGACUUUUGUU